AUGGAUAUUUUGGAGAAAAUUUACCACAACAUAAAACAACAAUUUACUUUCGUGCCGGCAACAGUUUCUAAGACAGUGGACACAGUCAAUAAAUCUAUUAGUCAAGUAAGAAUACCGCCGCUCACGAAAGAAAAUGUUUUGUUUUACUAUUUACCAAUGCAAGGUCUCGUUAGUUACACAACUCUGUCUGUAGGUGUGAUGAACCCACAUUUAAUGGUGAGGUUAUUUCCCCGGCGAGAUAUAACUGAUGUAUUAUUUCUUUCCGCUGGGGGAGGUGCUGGACUAUGGCUAUGGGCCCGUCCUCACAUUGCAGCAGCAGCACCAGCAAGACGAUUCUCUUGGGCUUUUCUAGGUGGUUGUUUAUGGCCUCUUGGGUCCAUUUUCUUAUGGGCAAUAUUAAGAAGUUCUAUAGGACAAAAACCUAUCCUUGGGACAGUCCUUGGUGUUACAACUGGAGCCAUGCUCACAAAUAUUGCUAUAGAUUAUUUUAAUUAUGUAGAGCUCAUGUUUUGUGGUGAGGUUCGCUUGCCUGAUGAUACAUAUAGUCCUAAUAGUGAUGAUGAAAAUAUGCCCUUC